AUUGGGAUUAUAUAUAUUCAAACAGAUCACGUUCAAUAACCCAACGUAUCGAAACUGCUGUUCAAAAAUACAGAAAGAACCGUAAAUUCAGUUCGACCCGCAACCAAGUAUUUAGCUCAUAUCUUCGUUUUGGUGGUAUCAAUACUGGCCAGAAAUCAUUUUUAGGUCAAGACGGACUUAACUGCGAUGAUGCAGAUGCAGAUGAAAUAGCUGCGCGACGCGCCACAGAUUUUAUUGAGGAAAAUGAUGAUGAGCUGGAAUAUCUUUCUGAUAUGCAAGAGGCAUUGAAGAUUGCAGAACGUGCAAAAUACGAACUUCCGAACUGCAAAUUAUUUGCACAGCUUGCACCAGGAAAAUUUAAUAAGGCGUGUUCUUUGAUAUUCGGUGGUGAGUUAUAUGGAAUGUUUGAAAGUGCGUGGUUUGGAGAAGAAAGUGUAGCAAAAAUGAUUGGUAUUUCACAAAACGAUGCAGAUCUGACUGUUAAAAAGGUUUUUGGCCAGAAUGUUCAGGGUGAGUUGAAGCAGGUGCCAGAAGCUUCAAAAAAAGCAUUAUUUGUUGAAGUUAUCGAUAUAGAACCAGUUCCAGAUUCAGUAACAUCAGAUAAAACGAUCAAUGAAGAAACGUCGAUCACGGAAGAUAUCACUGCGAACAGUACUAAUGAUAAGACCACAAACGUUACCAUAGAAACUAAUGCUACGGAAUGCACUAUGAAUGAACAGACUUCAUUGAAUGAUGAAUAUCUUCAAAAGAUGUCCGUCUGCGCGUUUCAAGUGUCUGAUGCAGAAACAAUCACCGUUUACCUUGAACCUGAUAUUGCACGAUGUGCUACGCUUGGAAUGCUUAUCACUGCAGAUUUUCAUCAAUUGAAUAAUGGUCGGUGGUAUUUUGAUCGAGUUACAAAUGUAUACCCUUCUUAUUACCUUGUUGGUGAAGAAUCAUCUGAUGAAGAUGAUUAG